GACCGCGCAGUCUGCCGCCACCUGGUCUGGGGCGGGCCGGGUCAGGAACACCCUGGUGUCGUCCCGAUGGGGCUGUGUUUUCCCUGCCCAGGGGAGUCCAGGCCUCCUACGCCGGACCUGGAAGAGAAGAGAGCGAAACUUGCAGAGGCUGCAGAGAGAAGACAAAAGGAGGCUGCAUCUCGGGGAAUUUUGGAUGUUCGAUCUGUGGAAGAAAAGAGAAAGAAAAAGGAAAAAAUAGAAAAACAAAUCGCUACAUCUGGACCCCCACCAGCAGGUGGACUUAGAUGGACAGUUUCAUAAAGUAUAACAUGAGUGGAAGAAUCUGCUGCCAGUAACUUUAAUAUCUUCAAUCAAAUGGACUUCCUCAAUUUAAUUUCUUCUCUUUGAAUAAAUGAAGAACCAGACUUUGUGACAUUAACACCCUUAAAUGCAGUGCUAAAACUAUUCUGAAAAUAUUAAAAACCUUGAUUUUCAAACUUAGGAAAAGCCAGACCGUUCAUUAAAUACUUCUUUUCCUGCUCUUCUGCAGGUUGUGGGUGAUUUGCCAUUUUUUAGUAAAGCAUGGAUCCAAAUAGUGAAUAUAUAUAUUGUGUGUAAAAAUUCUGCAUACAUCUCUAAUAUUAAA